GCGUCGAGCUAUCGAGUUGGGUUACCCAGCGUCUGAGUUGACUCGGUUUUUUUUACUCGUCAAUUAUUACCACCAGUUGUAACGUGUCGUUAUCGUUGAUUUAAUCGCUGAGUGAAGGAGUUUUUUGUUCGGUUAACGCGGGUUUUUAUCGGCGUGAUACAUUGCCACUUGUGGUUUUGGUUUAUUUACCAUUUUGUUUGGAGAGUUCGGCGCUGUUGUGUGCAAUUUUUUUAGUUGAGUAUUUUGGAGAUUGAAGUGUUGAUUUUGUUUGUGAAGUGAAGGAAGUAUGGAACGACAGAGGGGAAACGCCAAGAUGAUCCUGUGGAGCUGCUGGUUCGUCGUGGUUGCUGUUUCUGCACAAGGAUACAAUACUCCACUGGUAGAGGUAGAGCCCAAGGAGAAGGCAGUCGUGAAAGUUGGCGAUCCACUGAAGGUGAAGUGCAGAAUCGGGAUGCCUCUGGCGGGAUGCAGGGUGGAGAUACCUGGCCUACCGCCCAUUGUGCUGAAGCCAAAUCAACCGUCGGACGACGGCAUCAGCUACUAUGGAGCAGGACUCCAGAGUGGAGAGUGUGGUGUCACCAUUGACCAUGUCAAGGAUAGUUAUCAUGGGGACUUCAAAUGUGCACUUCAUCCUGCGGAAAGUAGGAGUGAGACCAUUGGAACACUCAAGAUCAUCGUUGCCAAGCCACCGCCAAACAGGCCGGAGCUCAUCCUGAGUCAGGCACCAGGCGAGAGAUACAAGAAGGGAGACAGAAUUGAAAUGAGCUGCAGCGCCCUGGCUGGACGACCCAGUGCCACCGUCAGCCUCUUCCUCGACAAUGAGACACUCUCACGAGACAAUUCACGUUUCGGUUACAACACAAAUGAGGACUCGAUGUCCGUGGUUAAUGCAACUCGCAUCCUUGAUUGGAGUGAUAAUGGAAAAUACGUUCGGUGUGUGGCUGACCACAUUGCCUUGGAUAAACCUAUGGAAGUUCACAGGCAACUGCAAGUUUUGUUCCCACCCCAGGAGCAGCCAACAAUCGAACGUUUCGGCUACGUAAUCGGCCGCCCAGGGAUCAUAAACGCAACAGUUUACGCAAAUCCAAAGCCCAAUUUCGUCUGGAAAGUGGGUGAUGAAGAAAUAACCGAAGGAAGAACUGAUCAAAGUCAACGUCUGCAGACCACAACAGCAAGGGAAACGAAACCAGGACAGUGGUAUGUGGAGUUGAAAAUCGACAGUGUCCAAAAGACCGACACCGAGAAAUUUUACGUUCUGGAAGCACGAAAUCCCGAAGGCACAACAAAAUACCACUUCCGACUCUCCACAUCGCCUGAACCCGAAGGAGCGCUCGUACACCUCUAUGGUAAGCUCUCCGACAUUUCGCACGCACUAGGUUUUGAUCUCGACGCGGGCUUCAUAAUUGGAAUCGUCGUCGGAAUUUUGGUGCUCCUCCUUCUCAUUUCCCUCAUUAUUUUUGCCCGCGCGACUGGUCGUUGGUGCUUCGCAGCGAGACGUCGCGGUGACGAGGAGGCUGCAGGUGGAGCGGGUGCAGGAAGUGAAGCCCACAUAACACCAGGUGACGACGAUGAUGAGCACGAGGAUCCGCACAUUAUCGAUGAGAAAAUACCCCACGGCCAGGAGAAUCCCAUCCACGCGAGCACCGAAUACGUCAACGGACGCAACGACAUUAAGGAUGUACAGAGGAAGGACGAGAAGACAGACACACCAGUGUAAAUGAUUAAAACUAUAAAUUUGAAAGAGUUCCCAGCCCCUCACUGUCAUCGCACUCGCCACUGAGCAAUUUUUAUUAGCAACGGAGUGCGCUGAAGAUCAUUCUCACUUUUUUUUUCCAAUUGAGACGACUCCGGAGACUAGAGAAUUAUGAUAGGUUUAAUGAUGCCAUCGUGCACUGGCUGAUUCGGUGAUGAAGGAUCAGGGGUGCAGGGUGGCCAGUAGGAUAAUGGAAGAAUGUACACUGGGAGGAUGGUAAUCGAGCAGUAGAUAGAUACUCGGUAUGGUCAGACAUGUUAAUCAGGAGUUACUGCAGUUUAAAGAGUAAUCAAAUACUUUUUUUAUUCAAUUGUGAGGCUAAUGUGGCAGCUGUUCUUACUUGCAGGUGUGAAAAAGUUUAGUUGAUAAAGGGAGUGGAGUUUUAUUGAAAAAUUCCAUUUGUUUUUCAGGGAAUCCAGGGGUGAAGUGGUAAAACGGUUUAAGAUGUUCA